CACACACAGAUUCUUACAACACACAGAUGCACGCACAGACAUCCUCAUUUACCACCUUUGCUUUUCUCUCUCCAAAACCCUCUCUCUCUCUCUAAAACCCUCUGUUUCCCUCAACCUUUGAUUCCACAAACCACAAAGAAAAGAAACGCUGUUUUUCUUUUGUUCUAUCAACAUUCCUCCAAAUCUUCACAAGCAUCUUUACAGAAAUCUAUCUAUCUUUAUAAGGUCAAGAACAUUCAGAUUUGCGGCGUUUAAAUCUACCCUUUUAGCUUUAUAAGCAGAUGAUGAAACGUCCUCCACAUGAAGAUUUUUCACUCAAAGAGACCAAACCCCACCUCGGUGGCGGUAAAACGACUGGCGAUAAGCUCACAAGCACCUACGAUCUUGUCGAGCAAAUGCAAUAUCUGUACGUUCGUGUUGUAAAAGCGAAAGACCUACCCGCAAAAGACGUCACCGGUAGCUGCGACCCGUAUGUGGAGGUCCGAAUGGGUAACUACAAGGGCACAACUCGUCAUUUCGAAAAAAAUCCAAAACCCGAAUGGAACCAAGUGUUCGCUUUCUCAAAAGACCGAAUUCAAGCAUCUAUGCUUGAGGUUAUAGUAAAAGAUAAAGACGUCCUAAAAGACGAUUUCAUCGGUGGGGUUGUAUUCGACCUUAACGAGGUCCCGAAACGGGUCCCACCCGAUAGCCCGUUAGCUCCACAAUGGUACAAGUUAGCGGACCGGAAAGGUGAUAAACUUAAAGGCGAGCUUAUGUUAGCGGUUUGGUGGGGUACUCAAGCGGACGAAGCGUUUCCGGAAGCAUGGCAUUCUGACGCCGCCACCGUAAGUGCCGACGGGCUUGCUAAUAUACGGUCGAAAGUGUAUUUAUCGCCUAAACUUUGGUAUCUUCGAGUUAACGUUAUCGAAGCCCAAGAUCUGAUCCCGAACGAUAAAACUCGGUUUCCCGAGGUUUACGUAAAAGCCACACUCGGGAAUCAGAUUUUGCGGACCCGAGUUUCGAGUAGCAAGACGAUAAACCCGUUAUGGAAUGAGGAUUUGAUGUUUGUAGCAUCGGAACCGUUUGAAGAACCGUUGAUUUUAAGCGUAGAGGAUCGGGUCGGGCCGAAUAAAGAAGAGCUUCUCGGUAGGUGCGGGAUCCCAUUACAGUACGUCGAUCGGAGGUUAGACCAUAAAAUGAUCAACUCGCGGUGGUUUAAUCUCGAAAAACACAUGAUGGUUGAAGGUGAAAAGAAAAAAGAAGUUAAGUUCGCUAGUCGAAUUCACAUGCGGAUUUGUUUAGAAGGCGGGUAUCACGUUCUUGAUGAAUCAACGCAUUAUAGUAGCGAUCUUCGACCCACGGCUAAACAGUUAUGGAAAAAUAGUAUCGGGGUUCUCGAGGUUGGAAUCUUGAGUGCUAACGGGCUUUCACCGAUGAAAACGAAAGAUGGACGGGCCACAACGGAUGCUUAUUGUGUCGCAAAAUACGGUAACAAAUGGGUCAGAACCCGAACUAUUGUCGAUAGCUUUACACCUAAAUGGAACGAGCAAUAUACAUGGGAAGUUUUCGACCCGUGUACGGUAAUAACCAUCGGCGUUUUCGAUAACUGUCAUUUACAAGGCGGAGAUAAUCCCGGUGGGGCACGGGAUUCGCGAAUCGGGAAGGUUCGGAUCCGGUUAUCGACACUUGAAACGGAUCGGGUUUACACCCAUUCGUAUCCGCUUUUAGUUUUGCACCCGUCUGGCGUUAAGAAAAUGGGUGAAAUCCAUUUAGCGGUUCGGUUUACUUGCUCUUCUUUAGUGAACAUGAUGCAUAUGUACUCGCAACCGUUGUUACCCAAAAUGCAUUACGUUCACCCGUUAACCGUUAGCCAGCUCGAUAGCUUGAGGCACCAAGCUACCCAGAUUGUGUCGAUGCGUUUGGGCCGGGCUGAACCACCGUUAAGAAAAGAAAUCGUCGAGUAUAUGCUCGAUGUCGGGUCACAUAUGUGGAGUAUGAGAAGAAGUAAAGCUAAUUUCUUGAGAAUUAUGUCGGUUUUGGGCGGCCUAAUCGCAAUGGGGAAAUGGUUUGAUCAAAUCUGCAGCUGGAAGAACCCGAUCACAACUGUUUUAAUUCACAUUCUGUUUCUGAUACUAAUUUUAUACCCCGAACUAAUCCUCCCGACUGUUUUUCUCUAUAUGUUCUUGAUCGGGAUUUGGUAUUACAGAUGGAAACCGAGAAACCCACCACAUAUGGAUACACGGUUAUCAUGUGCUGAUAACGCGCAUCCUGAUGAACUAGACGAAGAAUUCGACACGUUCCCGACUAACCGCCCCCCUGAUGUUAUUCGAAUGCGGUAUGAUCGGAUCAGAAGUAUUGCGGGCCGGAUGCAAACGGUAAUCGGUGAUUUGGCGACUCAAGGCGAACGGUUUCAGUCACUCAUAAGCUGGAGAGACCCGAGAGCUACAUCACUUUUCGUAAUAUUCUGUUUACUUGCUGCUAUUGUUCUUUACGUUACCCCUUUUCAGGUAAUCGCUAUUCUCAUGGGUUUUUAUGUCUUGCGACACCCGAGGUUUCGUCGCAAACUACCGUCCGUGCCAAUUAACUUCUUUAGAAGGUUACCCGCGAGAACCGACUGCAUGCUAUGAGCAGAAAGAUGUUGACUUUGACCUGAGUUUUGUGCCUUCCCUGACCAGUGUAGGCGUAAAAGGCUAACUUUUUUCGCGGUAGGAUGUCAAAUAUUGUGUUUUCGGGUUGUAUUUUGUGGAUCUUGUGUUGGUUACUUUGUAGUUUUGUAGGUUUAUGUUUGAUUCGGAUCUGUCUAUGGUUAAAUCUUUCAAGAUUUUAAUUCGUGUUUUCUUGAGCAAAA